GCAAAUGUGCUCAUGCGGACGAUAUUGUCAUGUGUCAGAGAUCUGCAGGGGCAUUGCUUUGGAGGCAACUAUGAAGCAUCUGGCAGUGAUUGGUUGAGCUGCCCUAAUGUCACAGAAGGGAUACCCCACAGAGGCAGACUACCAUUGGCUGAGUUUCUGUGACACCAGAGAAGGAUAUAGUAGACUGAAGGGAUUAGGGAAGAGGCAGGGGAAAAGAGGAUUUGGGAGAAAGUGGGUCAUCAUGAAUGAAGAGAAACCACCGGAGGGGGUCAGGAAUUGAAGGGGAGGGUACUCCCUGUCUAGGAGCCGUAGAGGUGAGGCUUAUGUUCAUUGGUUGAUGUGAAAAGAGCCAGCCAGAUAUUUGGCAGCUAUCUAAUAUGGCGUAGCUGUCACACUAGGUCAGGAAAGACCUGGCUUCAAAUGCACAAUCGGCCAUAAAGCUCACUAAGUGACCCCAGGCCACUCAUAAUUAAUCUACCUCACAGGGUUGUUGUGAAGAUAGAAUAAAUAGGAACACUGAGUGCAUCACGUUUUCUGGCUUGAUCCUCCGGUUGCUCUCUCUGCUUGAUGAAAUACAGGUUGCGUUCCAAGUGUGCAAACGAAACUGUUGAGUAAAUAACAGAGCCCAAAGAUAUGGCUCCACACCUCCAGAGCACGAAGCAUGGCCUCUCUGUGUGGAGCGAAUAGCUUGAAUGACUGCUGAAGAUUAGUCAUGUACACUCUCAUUUCUUCAGGCCAGGAAUAAGGUCUUCCUUCUGUUCCAAUGAACGUUUACAUUUGUUUGUUUACAUUGGCACCAUUUCUCAGUGCCUUUUCCUAAAAAUAGCCCCAAGUGAUAAUACAGCAUUUUAAAAAAAUUAGAAGUCACAACAGCAAUAUUUAAAAAGCAAAAAAAGAAACCCCACAGAACACCAAUGUAGCUUCAAGGACACAAUGGGGGAAAGCUGCAACCAUUGAAAACAAAAAGGUCUGGAUAGCAAAAAGAGAAAAGAGAUGGGGUAUAAUGAGCCUCCUUGGGAACACUGUGCAACACGGGAAGUUGCCUUAUACUGAGUCAGGCCAUUGGUCCAUCUAGCUCAGUAUUGUCUACACAGACUGGCAACAGCUUCUCCAAGGUAGCAGGCAGGAGUCUCUCUCAGCCCUAUCUUGGAGAUGCCGCCAGGGAGGGAACUUGGAACCUUCUACACGCAAGCAGGCAGGUGCUCUUCCCAUGACGGCCCCAUCCCCUAAGGGGACUAUCUUAUAGUGUUCACAUGUAGUCUCCCAUUCAAAUGCAAACCAGGGCAGACUCUGCUUAGCACAGGGGACAAUUCAUGAUUGCUACCACAAGACCGGCUCUCCUCCCAUAGAUCUGGAGUGCAGAUCUCCACCAUGCCAGAAGAGGCCCCUGCCCUAGCCAAUGACAUUAUUUUAUUUAUUCUUCCAUUUGUAUCUCUCCCUUCCUUCAAGGAGCCCAGAGUGGGGUACAUGGUUAUGUUUAUCCUCACUACAGCCCUGUAAGGUAGGUUAGGCUCAUAGAAAAGGGCCUGGCCCAGAGUCAUUCCUUGAGUUUCAUGGCUGAAUGGGCAUUUGAACUCUUGUUGUCGCCCUCGUUCUAAUCCAGCACUUCAACCGCUACACAAUGGGGGCUCUCAUUUGAUGUCCUCUAGAGCAGAACUUGUCCAGCCGAUGAGAGGGAGCAUGGAGAGCUUUGUAUGGUAGUUGAUGAUUUUUGAAAUCAAUGGAUGAGGCCGCAGUUCAGUGGGAGAGCAUCUCCUUUGCAUACAGAAGAGGAACAACUCUAGAGGAAGAACUUGUCUGGGAAAGCAAAGCAGGAGCACAGACUGCGAUUUGAGGAGUGAGGAUUCUGCUGCACAUUAAAAACUUAUAGAGUGUACAUCCCUACCAGCUGGGGAGAGCUGUUUCCUGUAACCUCCAGUGAUUCCACUGAAGCUCGUGGGUGUGACCGUUCAGGGGGUGGUUCCACUGCAAGCAAGUACACUAUUAAGUUACCUUCCUUUUGGACAGGCCUCCUUCUUCUAGAGGUAGCACAGCAGCAGACGCUGUUCACAGUCAGGUUGGAAGGAGGUUUGGGAAGAAGAAAGGAAAAGAAGAACCCCCAAGAUAGUUUGGACUUUACAAGAAGAAAGAAUGACGGACGCUGAAGCUGAUGUGGGUCUUCCGGCUAUUGACAGAAAGCCAGGCCUCCAGAUAUGGACCAUAGAGAAAAUGAAAAUGGUACCCAUUCCUGAGAAGGCCUAUGGGAGUUUUUUUGAAGGGGACUGUUACAUUGUCUUACACAACAUGAAGACACCGAAUGGAUUUUCCACUGAUCUACACUACUGGAUUGGGCACGAUUCCUCUCAGGAUGAGCAAGGGGCGGCCGCUUUCUAUGUGACACAGCUGGACGACUUGCUCGGCGGGAGCCCGGUCCAACACAGAGAGGUGCAAGGACAUGAGUCAGCCGCCUUUAAAAGUUAUUUCAAGAAAGGCAUCAUCUACAAGAAGGGAGGAGUGGCUUCUGGGUUCAAACACGUGGAGACCAACAUGUACAAUAUCAAACGCCUCCUUCAUGUCAAGGGGAAGAAGCACGUGACUGCUACAGAGGUGGAUCUUUCGUGGGACAAGUUCAAUAAAGGUGAUGUCUUCCUGUUAGAUCUUGGCAAAGUGUUGAUCCAGUGGAAUGGGCCCUCAUGCAACGUUGCAGAGAAAUCUAGGGGAAUGGUCUUGGCACGGAGCAUCCGGGACGGCGAGAGAGGUGGGCGUGCUCAGAUCGGCAUCAUCGACAGUGAGAAAGAUUGCCCUGACCUCAUGCAGAUCAUGAAAGCAGCCCUGGGUGAGAGGCGUGGAGAGCUCAAAGAGGCUGUGCCAGAUGAGAAAGCGGACGAGCUUCAGAAAGCCAAUGUCCGCCUUUACCAUGUCUACGAAAACGGCAAGGAUUUAGUGGUGCAAGAAAUUGCUACACGGCCCCUUACACAAGACCUCCUUCAGCGCGAGGACUGUCACAUUCUGGACCAAGGAGGUUUUAAAAUUUAUGUCUGGCGAGGAAAAGACUCUAGCAAAGAAGAAAAGAAAGCAGCCUUCAGCCGAGCAGUGGGUUUCAUCCAAGCCAAAGGGUAUCCUCCCACCACCAAUGUGGAAGUUGUGAAUGAUGGAGCAGAGUCGGCCAUGUUUAAACAACUCUUCCAGAAGUGGACAGGAAAAUAUGAGACUCAAGGACUUGGCAAAGCCUACAGCAUUGGCAAAACUGCCAAGGUGGACCAAGCCAAAUUCGACAUUGCCCAGUUACAUGCCCAACCGGAGUUAGCUGCUGAGCAGCGAAUGGCCGAUGAUGCCUCUGGGAAUGUUGAGGUGUGGAGGAUUGAGGAUCUGGAGAUGGCCCCAGUGAACCCCAGGACCUAUGGGCAGUUCUAUGGUGGAGACUGUUACCUUGUUCUGUAUACUUAUAUGAAAUCGGGCAGACCUCAUUACAUUAUCUACAUGUGGUUUGGCCGCCAUGCGUCCGCGGAUGAAAUUACGGCUUGUGCUUUUAACGCCGUCCAGCUGGACCAGAAAUACAAGGAUGAGCCCGUGCAGGUCCGAGUGGUGAUGGGGAAGGAGCCCCGGCAUUUCCUCGCCCUUUUUAAGGGGAACUUGAUCAUUUAUGAGGGAGGCACAAGCCGUGCCCAGGCAAGUGAGCCCGAGCCAGCCAUCCGGCUGUUCCAAGUGAGGGGCACAGAUGAAUUCAACACCAAAACCAUUGAGGUUCCGGCCCGGGCCUCCUCCCUUAACUCCAACGAUGUCUUCCUUCUGAAGACCAACCAAGUCUGCUACCUGUGGUGUGGGAAGGGAUGCAGUGGAGAUGAACGAGAGAUGGCAAAGAAUGUGGCUGAUAUAAUCUCCAAACGGGACAAGCAGACCAUUUUGGAGGGUCAGGAACCAGCCGAAUUCUGGGUGGCACUGGGAGGCAAAGCCCCAUAUGCCAGUGAUAAGAGGUUCCAAGAAGAGGUUGCCCAAUACCAGCCCCGCUUGUUUGAGUGCUCCAAUCAGACGGGCCGGUUCAUCAUGACAGAGAUAGUGGACUUCUGCCAAGAUGACUUAGAUGAGGAUGACGUCAUGCUCUUGGACACAUGGGAAGAGAUUUUCCUUUGGGUAGGCAAGGUGGCCAACAACUAUGAAAAGACUGAAUCUAUUUCCUCAGCCAAGGAGUACCUGAAGACCCAUCCUGCCGGAAGAGAUUUAGCAACGCCAAUCAUCCUGGUGAAACAAGGUCAUGAGCCCCUGAACUUCACCGGCUGGUUCACGGCUUGGGACCCGUACAAGUGGAGUGACAGCAAAUGCUAUGAAGAGAUGAAGAGCAGCCUAGGAGACGUAUCUGCUAUAUCGGAGAUCAGCGUGGAUCUAAAAAAUGCCAAUUUGAAUAAUAGAAAUCCCAGCAGUAAUGCCAACAGAAAUGCCAGCAAUACCCCCAAUCCAGUUAGUCCUGGGACCGGAGGGAGUUCAGAGCCACACCAGACACAGUCUGACAACAUCAGUACCAACAUCAACAACAACCACAACACCCCUUCGCUAGAGGCCAAUGGAAACGGUGCAUAUCCUCGAGAGGUGCUGAUCAACAAGACGGUGGAUGAUCUGCCAGAAGGUGUGGACCCUGCCAAAAAAGAGUACUACUUGUCUGAUGCCGAUUUUUGUGACAUUUUUGGGAAAACCAAAGAUGAAUUCUACCAGAUGCCCAAGUGGAAGCAGCAAAAUGAGAAGAAACAGUAUGGACUGUUUUGAGCAAAAGAGUAUCCUGCCUGCUUGUCAGCUGCUUGGAACUAGUUUUGGGGUACCCCAAUGCUUACGGGAGGAAGUAGUGCUGAUAAAAGGCACUUGAAUCUUCAACUAAAAGGACUAAAUAAUCUUUUUAAGCACUCCUGAAAUCAAUACUGUCAAUUCGCCAAGCUCUUGAUCUUCCUUCCCUUCCCCCCACCCCACCCUAAAACCCCUCUAGCUGAAAAUAUAUUUCUUGCCAGUUUGGUACCAAUUAUCUGCACAAGGGAGUUGUAUGGCAUGCCUCAUGGUUGAUGUGUUUGGAAAUUUAACUGUCCCACCAGGGUGCCUUCCAGAUUACACCUUGCAAUAGUCACAGCGGAUCUCGGAAGUGUGCUUCCACACUUCCUGUGUUGUGACACUGCAGUCCCUACGCUGACAGCAGGGUGCCAUUCACAUUUCCGAUGCCUUGUUUUGAAUUUAAUCACUGUGGUAUAGUGCUAUGACAUUGUGUAUCCAGCAUAAAUAAGUUACUGUUUUUUCCAGUUGUUGGUUUCCACGAGACUGCUCCCCCUGCUGUUCACGUUUUGAAUGCCACUUGCCUGAAUGGAGGCAUUUUGCUGCUGUUGAGCAGCUAAGCUGGAAAGCGCCCUGAAGAUCCAAAAUGAAGCAGUGUCAAAGGGGCAUGACAGGAUCCCCAGUUCAAGUGCCAGGGCAAAUGCUGAAAUCUCUAAUGGCUUGGAAGAGAUAUAAGGAACCCCCUUGCUUAAUCCUGCAGGCGGGAGAAGCACAUCACAUUUCCACAGCUGCAUGGAAGGGACUGCCCCAAACCUCUUUCCUAAAAUAUGCUGAGAGGAGGUAUGUCUCUGAACACUAAAGCUGGGGGCAGAACACACAGAAUUGCUAUCCAUUUCAUUCCCCCUGCUUGUUAAGUACCCAGAACAUCCCACCAGCCACUGUUGGAAACAGAAUGCUAGGCUAGAUGGAAUCUGAUUUGAUCCACUAAAGUCGCUCUUGUGGAUGCCAGGAUUGGAAAGAAAGAGGAAACUUAUAGCCAAAAAACAUAUUGCACUUAAGUUUCAUGCAAGGUAGAAAACAUCUUGCUCUUUCAUUUCUGAGGAGAUGUUGCCUGUGCUUUCCCUCAAGCCCAGGUUUGCCAGUGACAGGGAAAAACAGAAAAUGCAGAUGAUCUCUGGACAACACAACUUAAGAGGAGAUAAAAUGCAGGUGACCUCUGGAUAAUGCAUUUGCCAGUAUAGCUGGAUCUAAGAGCAACCCAAUGAUGAAGGGAGUUUUGGAUAGAAAAGUCUUGGAGCCCAGCAAAUGAGGAAAGGCUUACAGAAACCCCAUCACAUGAAAUCCUCCUGGUAGCUUCUGGGAAGCCCAAAGCAGCCCACUACACACACCCACACCCACACCCACACACCAACAACAACAACAACAACUAGUCUUCUGGUAUUUGUCCUCUGAAUGCCAGUUGCGGAAGAGGAGUUACAUACGCUGUUGUCUUCAUGCCCUGCAGUGGAUCUUCCCAGAAGCAGCUGUCUAGGCCAGCUGUUCUCACACAUGGGUCCCCAGAUGCUGGUCUACCACUCUCAGCCGCAGUGGCUCAAGUCCAACCACAUCUGGGGGACCAAGGUUGAGAAUCCCUGGGCUAGCCACUCUUGGAACCAGGAUGCUGGGCCUUUUGGUCUCAUCCAGCAAACCUGCUACGGUGUUCCAAACAGCUUAUACUGAGUCAGACCACUGUUUUCUCCACCCCUGUCCUGUCCUGUGUGCUCUGCCUGGCAGUUGCAGCUCUCCAAGAUCCAAGGAAGAGUCCUUGCCCAUUCCUUCAACCCUUUCAGCUAGAGAUACCAGGGGCUGAACUGGGGACCUUCUGCGUGCCAGGCAGGCAGGCAGGUGCUUUGCCACUGAGCUGUGGUCCCCCUCCUCCCUUUUUGCAACAUUCCUCUUUAUUGCCAACAGCGGACCUGUGGGGUCGAGUCACUCAGGAAGAGAGUUGCCAUGUUUCCUCCCGCACAAGAUCAGCGUCCUUUCUUUAAAAGACACUUGCUUCUUUCAGAGAUAGAGGAGGAGAGUCGGACCAAAUUGUGUAGAAAACUGAAUUAAAUGUAUUAUAUAAUA